UAGAUUUGCUGUUGUUGCUGUCGGACAUUGAAGCUGUUGUCGCGGAAUUUUACAACAAUGUCCGUUCUACGGCCGUGUAUUGCCUUUUCGAUUAGUUAAGGUGGAUGCUAUUUCACUAGAGAUGGAGUCUCCGAAUUCAAAUUUGAACUGUGCCAUUUGCCUGGACCAUUUCCGAUUCCCUGUCACCAUCCCCUGUGGUCAUACCUUCUGUAAAAAGUGCAUAACGCGUCACUGGGACACACAAAGCAAGUCAGAUGUCGAACCUCAGUGCCCAUUUUGCAAUGAAAAAUUUCCAGCCAGGCCCAUUCUCAAGCGAAACGUGUCCAUCUCUAUGCUGGCUGAGGCUGCAAACAGCACCAGCUCCUCUUGCAGAGAAACCGUUAUGAGAGUCAGUGAGGGUGCAAGAGCUAUGCUUCUAUGUGAUCGCCAUAAGAAGCCGCUGGUGUAUUACUGCAAGCAGGACAAAAUGUCUGUGUGUUGCGAGUGUGCCAUCUCAGAAUGCAAGAACCAUGUUCAAGUCUUGUUGGAGGCAGAGAGGGAGAAUCAAGAGCUGUUGUUGACUAGAAAGAGCGCAGAGGUGGGAAAACUCAUGGAAGAGACGGAGAGAAAUAUUAGAGAACUAACGGAGAAUAUUGCCAAAGCGAAGGUGACUCUACAGCAGACUUCAACUUGGGUGAAUACCAAAUUCUCUUCGCUAAUGAAAGUGCUAGUUGAGAAGCAAGAGGCAACGGAGCACUUUAUUGAAGAGGAAAAACAGGCUGCAUGCUCCCAGGCAGAGGCCAGGCUAAAUGAACUUCAGGAGAGGGCCCAGAAACUUCGAGAGUGCCAAGACGAAAUUGCAGCCCUACACAACCUUUCGGACACCCAGCUCAUAAAGGAAUCAGUGUUGGUUGAGGUUCCACGUUUCAAGGAUAUUCCUGUAGAUGUAACCCCUAACCUGCAGGAGCGACUAAAUGGGGUCACAGAUGUGCUUUCUCGGGUCUCCAAGCUGGUAUCUGAGGAUCUCGAGAAAGCUGUGAGCACCGCCAUGGGUCAGGAUAAGCAAGCCUCACCUCAGGACAAGCGCCCGGUCCUGGCUGUGGUCCCCAGCCCUGCUGCUCCAUCCCACCCUGGUGGGAAGGAGGGUCUCAGUGCUUACAGAUGUUCCCUGACCUUUGACCCUCGCACAGCCAACAGUCAUCUGCUCCUAUCCCAGGAAAACCGGAGGGCAGAACACCUGACCUCCGGACCGCGUCCUGUCCCAGCCCACGACGCCCGCUUUGACCACACCUGGCAGGUGCUGUGUUUUCAGGGCUUUACCCAUGGGCAGCACUACUGGGAGCUGGAUGUGUCCAAGCCCUGGGCCUACCUUGGGGUAACCUAUGAGGCCAUUCCCAGGAAGGAGAAAGGGAAGAGGUGCAUGGUUGGGAUGAACGAGCUCUCUUGGAGCCUGCAGCUGGACGAGGGGCAGCUCAUCGCCUGGCACAAUGGCCGCAGGGAGACCUUGUCGGGCCACUCCACACACAGCCGUAUUGGCAUGCUGUUGGAUUACGAGGCAGGAACACUGACCUAUUUUGGAGAUGGGCAGACCCGGCUCCAUGCAUUCCACUGUGCCUUCACUCACAAGCUAUUCCCCGCGUGUUGGAUAGGGGAGGGCGUCAGCAUCACCCUCUGCUCCACAUGAGGUGGCUCAUGAGGAGUAG